CCUGAUACCAGAACUCUCACAGUCACUCACGAUCCGAGCUCGGAAGGGCCAGUAGAAUCGGUCCCGCUCCGAGUCCUGCAGUUUCUGUCGAGAGCUCAGAGUAGAACAGCGUCAGACGCAUCGCGAAAGCACCUUUUGGUUGUUGUAAUCAUUUGAUUAUGGGUAGUACUAAGAGAAUGCGGACGAAACGACGGUUCACCUUCGAGCAAUCUAUGCUUAUACUGAAAUAUUCGGUGGCUCCAAUAGCAUGUUGGCCACUGCCAGCGGAAGCUAGUGCUUCGGACGUUCGAUUGCACAAUAUUUGGUGGUGGUUUGCAUUUAUCCAUUCAACUGUAUCUACCGGUGGCUGGUUCUGGCAUGUCUAUCAGAACUCGAACAAUUUCAAUGUUGCCAUGAAAUCGGUUACGGAAUUGUUUCCCAUAUCCGCUGUGUGGAUAAAAAUGGUUAUCUGCAGAAUAGAAGCAUCCCGAUUGCAGAAAUCGCUGGCCGAAAUGAACUCUUUUCUGAGGAACGCGACGGCAGAAGAAUGGGAAAUGGUGAUGCGAUACUACGACAGGCACUUCACUUCGCAUUCGACUUUUUUCAUCGCAUCGGUCAGCAUAACAUUGCUUCACAUAAUCGGACCCGCGGUAAUCCCAGACCAGCUCUUUCCAGGAACAGUUGCGUAUCCAUUCUCCGUGGAGCCUUUUUGGAUUUAUGCGAUUGUGUACCUUUCGCAAAUCUUUACUUUUAUACAAGCUGGAAGUAUGUUGACGCUAGCUUUGAUUUAUACCACUUUACUCUGGUUUACUGGUGCCAGAUUUGAAUUGUUAGCAAUCGAAUUCUCAAACGCAACCAACGAGGAUGAAUUUAGACGCUGCAUUAUGAAACAUCAAGAACUGAUAGAGUACUUCGUGAAACUUAAGAUCGGCAUGGCGAAGAUGGCCACGGUGAUGAUUCUCAUAGCCAUGACUACCGUUUCUACCGGAGGCUUCAUACUAAUUCACAAACCACCAUUGUUCGAAUUGGGAAAGUAUAUCAUCUGCGAAUUUGCCGCCGCGGUCCAAGUGUUGUCGUUCGCCUGGCCAUCGGACCAUAUAUGGCAGAUGGGGGAAAAAAUGCGUCAAUCGGCCUAUAAUUGCGCGUGGAUAGGCAAAUCUCCACGAAUGCUCAGAGACCUGAUUAUCGUUCUGCAACGAACAAAGAGUCCACCGGUUAUUGCGGUUGAAGGUUUUUGUCCCGCCUUGUCACUUGAGUUCUUCGGAAAUUGCGUAGCGGCUAGCUUUUCAUACAUUGCAACGUUACGAGCCGUUGCUGGAGACUGAGGACUACGUGAUUCUUAUGGUUGCAAAAGAUAUAUCAUGGUGGCCUUCCGCACUCCUAGUUCGAAUAGCAGUUAUAGUGAAAUCACAUCACACUUACAACGAAUGUCACGUCUGUGAAAUUUAUCAAUUCUCACUAUCGCUACCAUGUAUCUUUUUAGUAGUAAAGAUGAUGAUUAUACCACACCCACCUUACAA